UUUCUAAACAUCCACAAAACUCUGGAGUUAAGAGCACCGUUAUCAGUCUCUCGUUGACCAAUUUGAGGCUUUGGCUCACCCCUUACUCCUCUCAAGUGGUUGAGCCAUUUCUUCUGUUCUGUGUUUCCACUUUCACUUUCAUCUUCCUAAACACAGCUCUUUUUAUCGAGCUAACUCCUCCUAAGUUCUGUGGUGAAAAUCUGGAACUUCCUAGACUAUUGCAGAAGGCGGGAGCUCACAGAGUCUGUGAGGACAGUGUUCUGCAGCCAGGCUCAAAAGCAAAGCAGACAGCAUCUAACACUUCACACAGGCUGCUUUCUCUGGGACAGAAGGAUUUGCUUCAGAGACAAAAGAACACGCUGGACAUGGCCUCAGAGAUCCACAUGCUGGAUCCCAUGUGUCUCAUCGAGAACACUGAGGAUCAGCUUGUCAUCAAUCAGCAAGCUCUAGGGAUCCUGUCAGCCAUCCAGCAGCCGGUGGUGGUGGUGGCCAUUGUAGGCCUCUACCGCACAGGAAAGUCCUACCUGAUGAACAAGCUGGCAGGGAAGAAAACAGGCUUCUCUCUGGGUUCCACAGUGCAGUCUCAUACCAAAGGAAUCUGGAUGUGGUGUGUCCCUCAUCCCCAGAAAUCUGGUCACACCCUAGUUCUUCUUGACACUGAGGGCCUUGAAGAUGUUGAGAAGGGAGACAACCAGAAUGAUUGCUGGAUCUUUGCCUUGGCAGUCCUUCUCAGCAGCACCUUCAUCUAUAACAGCAUAGGAACCAUCAACCAGCAGGCCAUGGACCAACUGCAUUAUGUGACAGAGCUGACUGAUCUAAUCAAAUCAAAGUCAUCACCUGAGCAGAGUGGGGUAGAUGACUCAGCUAACUUUGUAGGUUUCUUUCCAACCUUUGUGUGGGCUCUGAGAGAUUUCUCACUGGAGCUAGAAGCUAAUGGAAAAUCCAUCACUGCUGAUGAGUACCUGGAACAUUCGUUGACCCUGAAAAAAGGAUCUGAUAAGAAAAGUGAAAACUUUAACAAGCCUCGGCUCUGCAUCAGGAAGUUCUUCCCAAAGAGAAAGUGCUUUGUCUUUGACAGGCCUGCUCAGAGGAAGUAUCUUUCCAAACUAGAGACAAUUAGAGAAGAAGAGCUAAGUGGUGAAUUUGUAGAACAAGUUGCAGAAUUCACUUCAUACAUCUUCACCUAUUCCAAUGUCAAGACUCUGUCUGGUGGUAUCAUAGUCAAUGGGCCAC